GGGAACGUGGAAUGUCUAGAAGGCCCACGUACCAACCCUAAUCGCGUCAGAAUCGCCCCCAUCGGUUGCUCCUUCUACCCAACGGCGCCGCCAUCUUCUCUCCUUCCGCUCCACGCCGGUCCCAAGUUAGCGAUCGCCGUCGCUCGCCAGCGGCCCAGACCAGGCUUCGACCCGAGUAAGAGCUUCAUUGUUCGGUAUGGAAACCGCUCAAGAGUUUCAACGCACAUUCUCCAUUAAAUUAUGGCCUCCCAGUGCAAACACCAGAGCAAUGCUUGUGGACAAGAUGACAAAGAACCUCUCCUCGGAAACAUUCCUCUCCAGGAAGUACGGUCUGUUGAGCAAAGAAGAGGCCUAUGAGAAUGCCAAACGCAUUGAAGACGAAUGCUUCCUUGCUGCAAAUGAGCAUUUUCACAAUGAGCCUGACGGCGAUGGAAGCUCUGCAGUUCAGUUCUACGCGAAGCAAACUAGCAAGCUAAUGUUAGAAGUUCUUAAAACAGGCCCUAGAUCCAAAGAAGAUGUAGAAGCCACUGCGGUUGGUGGGAUCGCAAAACCUGUUGAGACUCUGUUUGACAUAUCCGGUGGGAAAAGGGCAUUUAUAGAGGUGGAAGAGGUCAGGGAGCUUUUCAGGCCGCUAACUGUGCAGGGAAACUCAUACAGCAAAAUUUGCUUAAGCAAUAGAAGCUUCAGUAUCGAUGCAGCUCGCGUUGCAGCGCCUAUUCUGACAUCUCUUAAAGAGCAGCUGACAGAAGUAAACCUGUCAGAUUUUGUUGCCGGAAGACCAGAGGAUGAAGCUCUCGAAGUCAUGAAGAUAUUCUCCUCGGCUCUGGAAGGCACUGCUCUCCGAUAUCUCAACCUCUCUGACAAUGCCUUAGGCGAGAAGGGUGUUCGAGCAUUCGGGGCACUUUUAAAAUCACAAAACUGCUUGGAGGAGCUUUACUUGAUGAAUGAUGGAAUCUCCGAGGAAGCUGCAAAGGCUGUGUGUGAGUUAAUUCCUUCAACCGACAAGCUUACAACGCUCCAUUUCCACAACAAUAUGACUGGUGAUGAGGGUGCGAUAGCUAUUUCUGAACUUCUUAAAUGUUCUCCGUUGUUGGAGGAUUUCAGAUGCUCAUCGACAAGGGUGGGCUCUGAGGGUGGAAUCGAGUUGGCCAAGGCAUUGGAGACUUGCACUCAUUUAAGGAAGAUUGAUCUCCGUGAUAAUAUUUUUGGUGUUGACGCAGGGAUAGCCCUUAGCAAGGCACUCGAAAAGCUUGUUCAUGUCACAGAAAUCUACCUUAGCUAUCUCAACUUGGAGGACGAAGGGUCUAUUGCCAUUGUGAAUGCGCUGAAUAAUUUCGCGCCUUCUUUGCAAGUCUUGGACCUCGGCGGGAAUGAUAUCACUUUAAAAGCUGCCUCAGCAUUAGUCGAUUGCAUCACUGCCAAGGAAUCACUCAGGAAACUCUUCUUGUCCGAGAACGAACUGAAGGACCAGGGUGCAAUUGUCAUCGGCAAAGCAUUGGAAGAUGAUCAUGUUCAACUUGAGGAACUUGACAUGAGUAGCAACAUGAUAAGGAGGGCAGGGGCUAGAUGCUUGGCGCAAGCAGUGUCAACUAAGCCAGACUUCAAGCGGCUGAACAUAAACGGAAAUUUUAUCCCAGAUGAGGGCAUCGACGAGGUUAGGGAAAUAUUAAAGAACGGUAAAAACUCUGAGGAUGUGCUUGGGCCAUUGGAUGAUAAUGAUCCCGAAGGUGAGGACGAAGGGGAAGAGGAUGGCGAUGCGGAAGAGGAGGAUCAAGGCGAAUUGGAGUCUAAACUCCAUCAUCUCAAAGUAGACAAGGAUUAGAUGUUAUUAUCGACGCAAAAACUAGUCUUGCCAUCUAUUUAAGCAAUGUGGCCAUUGCAUUUCAUUUGUUUACUACUUUCGUUGAACAAUGUAGUUUGGUUAGGUAGUGUUGGUUGACUUUGAUUUUAUUUUUUUCCUCUUUCUGAUGGUUAGGGAACAUGAUUUUGGGUUCCCCUUGCCCAGCACUAUGUGCCAUCUUUUGUUGCCUAGUAAUUUGACGAAGAUGACCAUGUUCAUGGAAUCUGAGUUGUUUGUUA